UAUGGCGGCUGAAGCUGUGCCCAUGAGGUAGAGCAGCGGACAGCGGUAUUCAUUUCACCGGAGUGCGAGGUGAAUGAAAUAGUCACGAGCCAUGGCUGGGGUGUUCGACAUAGACUUGGACCAGCCGGAGGAAAUCGUGUCUGACGACGAGCUGGAGGAAACUCAGCACAGUGAGUGCAUGGAGCAGUGCAGUGGUUUUGAAUUUAACAUGGAUGACUGUGAGAAGUUUGAAAUCUCGGAGAACAGCGUGAACAAAGGAACUGAAAGCAUCCGGCCAGAUUGCUUUGAGCUGCUUCGGGUGCUCGGCAAGGGCGGUUAUGGAAAGGUUUUUCAAGUUCGAAAAGUCACUGGAGCUGCAUCUGGCAAGAUAUUUGCCAUGAAGGUCUUAAAGAAGGCCAUGAUCAUUCGUAAUGCCAAGGAUACGGCUCACACUAAGGCAGAACGCAGCAUCCUGGAGGAGGUCAAACAUCCCUUCAUUGUGGACCUCAUUUACGCCUUCCAGACGGGCGGGAAGCUGUACCUCAUUCUCGAAUACCUAAGUGGUGGGGAACUCUUCAUGCAGUUGGAACGAGAGGGGAUUUUCAUGGAGGACACUGCAUGCUUUUAUCUAGCAGAGAUUUCCAUGGCUCUUGGCCACUUACAUCAGAAUGGCAUCAUCUACAGAGACCUGAAGCCAGAAAACAUCAUGCUCAACAGUCAAGGUCAUGUGAAGCUGACAGAUUUUGGCCUUUGCAAAGAAUCAAUCCAUGAUGGAACAGUCACCCACACCUUCUGUGGAACCAUAGAGUACAUGGCUCCAGAAAUUCUGAUGAGAAGUGGACACAACCGGGCUGUGGAUUGGUGGAGCCUGGGAGCCUUGAUGUACGACAUGCUGACGGGCGCGCCACCUUUCACAGGUGAAAACAGGAAAAAGACUAUAGACAAAAUCCUAAAGGGUAAACUGAACCUCCCACCCUACCUCACACAGGAAGCCCGGGACCUUCUAAAAAAGCUGCUUAAAAGAAACGCCUCUUCGAGGCUGGGGGCCGGACCAGGUGAUGCCUCAGAAGUGCAGAGCCACCUCUUCUUCAGACUUAUCAACUGGGAGGACCUCCUUGCCCGCAAAGUGGAGCCCCCAUUUAAGCCAAUGCUGCAAUCUGCAGAUGACGUGAGCCAAUUUGACUCCAAGUUCACCAGUCAGACUCCUGUAGACAGCCCUGACGAUGCAACGCUAAGUGAGAGCGCCAAUCAGGUCUUCCUGGGUUUCACUUAUGUUGCCCCUUCUGUAUUGGAAAACAUGAAGGAGAAAUUUUCAUUUGAGCCAAAAAUUAGAUCACCUCGACGAUUUUUGGGGAGCCCAAGAACUCCAGUGAGUCCUGUGAAGUUCUCUGGUGGCGACUGCUGGACCCGAUGCCUCAAGCAGCCCACUGCUCCAUCGCUGCUUUCUCCCACAGAAUUGGCCAUGGAGGUGUCUUCUGUGGAGAAUAUGGAGGUGAUGGCCAGUACUGAGGCAACGGCCCCACUGCCCAUUCGCCAGCCUGGUGGCAUUGGUUCCACACUGAAAACGCAAGCAUAUCCCAUGAUGGCCAAGAGGCCGGAGCACCUGCGCAUGAAUUUAUGACCUCCCACCAGGCCUUUUUGUUUUUUUUUGUUUUUUUUUUUUUAAACCCACAUCAUAGGAAAGCCUGGCACCUACUCAAUUGCACAUGAUCUCCCUUUCCUCAAGCAACUCCACCUCCCACACCAUGUGGAUGAUGGCCAGGCAUGCGACACUGAGCCAGAUGCAGGUGGCUGCAGUGUAGUCUUGAACUUAGAACACAUGCACGUUUCAGUGCCUCGCGAGCUGGAUUAAGUUGGACUGCGCUUUACUCUGGAUCCUAAAAUACUUCUAAGAACUAUAUGCUUGGACUUACAAAAUAAUGUGCACCAAUGUGCAAACUAAGAAUUAUACUGUGUGCCAUUUCAGUUGAUGAGUUUCUGCUGAACUUCCAUGGCACAGAUGAAUAUUUCACAGUAUUGCUCUGGAUGCAGUGCUUUUACAUUCAGAAUGAAAUGAUGCAAAUCAUUAAUUUGAAAUUGUAACCAGGAUGAUACUAAAUGGACUCUCUGCUCAGGGGUUUCCCCUGAAAGUUGUUUGUGUCUUCAUUGUUUGAUAAAAAAAAAAAUGCAGCCAAAAUGCUAUUAAGACAGCAACUCAGUACAUUAUGGCCGCAAUAAAACGAGAAUGUUUAAUUUUUAUAUAUUCUCACUUUUAAUCUUGCAUUAAUUUGUACCCCCCCUUUAUUUCUCUGGAUUUUUGUUGAACCAUAUGACUUGGGUGAUGGGAUGGGUUGAUAAAAUU